CCCUCCCGCGCCAUGGCAGCGUUGUUUUUGGUCGUCGUCGUCGCGUGUCGAUGCUUCACGCACGGCUUCGUCUACGACCGGUUCUCAGACGACGAGACGGACACGGACACACGUGACGUGGCGAGUGGCAGCGGCCUGUUUGCAGACGGCGAGAACGUGCCCGCAAACGACAGCAGGGAGAACUCUAAGAUGCCGGUUAGAAUUAAGUUAAUACAAAAGAAGAUGGACCUCCCAACCAACGACACUAUGGGAAACUCUACAGGGUCGGGCAUUACGCGAGUAGAAAACGAAACGAACAUCCCGACAAACGACAGCAAAAGCGACGACGACGCUAAGAUUAUCCUCAUAAAAGAGGAGUACAGACCACAGAGCGACGAGCCUCCGGCUGCGAGGAUGAGGACGACAGACAGUGAUUUCAUGCACUGGUACCGGUCCCUGCUGCGUCCCACUCGACCUCCAUGCUCAACUCGGAAUAUCACACUCAACACCGAACAUAUCAACUGGGUGGGAAUGGUCUUGAGAGAUGUCCGUAGCGGGAAAAUGCGUCGAGUCCGGCAGAUCAUACUCCCGUUCAAGAGCUUCAAUCUGACGGUCUGCGACGGCACCUGCAGGGGGAAGGACAUCGAAAGUCGAGUUCGAUUCCGGGGACUCAACCCGAAGCUCUUGGCUCGCCUUGACAACGACGUUGCCGUGAAACUGGGACUAGAGACGUCGCCGUGCUGCGUGCCGGCAGAAACGACGCCUCUGACGCUAGAGAUUCGUACAAACUAUGUAACUGAACAGGGAAACCUUAGCUAUGGAAUAGUCGAAGGGCUCAAGAACGCGGUCAGAUGCAUGUGCAUGUGAGCAAUACUAUCAGUAGCAGAGGAAGCCGGACUGAGACACACCGUGCAGACACCAACGGAUCCUCUUGCUGUAGAUGAGUACUGAUAGAUAGUAGAAGAAUAACAAUGCGAUAGGGUAUAGCGUGUAACUUUUCGAGCGCUGGUUGCUUGCUGAAAAAUUUUGCUCUUUUGUAGACAGUAAUAUCUUUCUAGACUUAUACAUAAACGGUAUUAAUCAUCUGCGGAUGUAUGCAUGGAGUUAGCUUUAGCUGUACGUACGAGUUGAGGUUGUCAAACCGGUAGAUUUAGUUGGGUAGUAGAGCUAGAAUAGAGUUACUCUAGACUAACACUAAUACAUUUGCCUUUGUUUCUUUACUCUAAACGGAAAAUGCUUGGACUUGCU